CCGAUGCUCGCUGGGAAUGGUAGUUCGCCGCCCACGCCCUUUGCACUGUCAGCCUGGCCUUGAAAGGAAGCCGCUCCCGGGGAUGGGCACGGUGCGGAGUUUUAGUUGCUGGAGUGCCAGCUUCGCGAGGGGCUGAUCUCUUGCAGGAAGAACCUCUUGGACCUGCGUCGAUCUGAUGUCUGGGUCCGGACGAAAUGAAGCUCCUGGGGUUUACCAUGAGCGGCAGCGGCUGGAGCUGUGUGCCGUCCAUGCCCUCAACAACGUCCUGCAGGAGCGAAUUUUCACGCAAGAGGCGGCGGACGAGAUCUGCAAGAAGCUGGCCCCAGAUGCCAGGUGGAACCCACACCGCAGCUUUCUGGGAACCGGGAAUUAUGAUGUCAACGUCAUCAUGGCAGCUCUUCAAAGUGUGGGACUAGAAGCCAUCUGGUGGGACAAACGGAGGCCCCUAGAGCAGCUCUCCCUGGAAGGGGUUCUUGGCUUCAUCAUCAACGUCCCAUCCAAUGUGUGUCUGGGCUUCCUGUCCCUCCCAGUGAGGCGCCGCCACUGGAUCGCUGUGCGCCAGCUUGACGGCACCUACUACAACCUUGACUCCAAGCUGAAGGGUCCGGCUCCAAUCGGUGGUGAAUCUGACCUCAGGGUGUUCCUGCAGGAAGUACUGUCCCAGGGCCCUUGCGAGCUGCUGCUGGUCGUGCCCCAUGAGUCAAGCGAAGCUGGGAACUGGCUGAGCACAGUCAGGUGACCCCUGGCGCCUACAGAUCCACGUUUGGGGCCUGCCCUGAAGCACUCUGCCCCACCCUGUUGUACUGGCUGCUGCAUGCGUUGUGGGGGAGGAAGAAGCUGCACGUUCUCCCGUUUCUACACUGCCAGUCUGGGAGCAACAGUACGAGAUCCGUCCUCCCCACUCCUUCAGGAAAUAGGAGUCCCCGGCUUCCCCCUUGCUUUUUAAAGACUUGGCCUGUCCUGGGACAGUGUGGAAUAAAGGAUGCAGUGCCCAAAUGGUGCCAGGUCUCCUGGCGCGACCAGUUAA